AUGACAAUUAAAUCACGGUGGGAGAAGGAGGUCCCCCAGUGCUCUCUGCAACAAUGGAUCUUUGGAUCGUCUCGUGGGCCCCUCGAGGGCGGUAAAGUCUUCAUCGAUGCCGAUCGCCCGGACACUCACUACCUCACCAUCACCGAGUUCAGAUUGCUUGCCAAGCGUGUUGCUAUAGGUCUUCAAGCAGCGGGUUUGAAGCCAGGGGAUCGCGUGUUGGUCUAUUCAGGAAACAGCAUCUGGUUCCCGGCUGUCAUGAUAGGCAUCCUCAUGGCCGGUGGCGUCUUCACAGGUGCCAACCCCGGGUUCGUUGCCCGAGAGCUUGCGUACCAACUACGCGACAGCGGCGCUUCUUUCGUCUUUGCUGCCCCUGUGGUCCUGGACGUUGCACUCGAAGCUGCCGAGGAGGCAAAGAUGAAGCCUUCGCAAAUCUUCGUCUUCGACCCGGAAAUAAAUGCCAAAGACGGGGAGCCUCAGUACGAACCUGACAGUGAGGGCACCGGCGCCCGUCACUGGGCCGAGCUGCUCAAGGGCACACUCGCCAAGGCCGACACGUGGGACUGGAUCGAGCCGGCCAACCCUGCCGAAACGACCUGCUGCCUAAACUACAGCUCAGGAACGACGGGUGUGCCCAAAGGCGUCGAGAUAUCACACGGUGCCUACGUCGCAAAUGGCGAGGGCGUCACCUUUGUCAUGAAUCUCGAUCCCGACCUGGCGGAGAACAAGAAGAGCCUGACCCAUCUCUGCUUCCUGCCAAUGUACCACGCCAUGGCCCAGACCUACUUUGUUGCAAACUACCCACGCCGGCGUGAUCCUUCCUACAUAAUGCCGUACUUUGACUUCGAAAAAAUGCUCCAGCACGUGCAGAACUACCGCAUCAACGCCCUUUUUGUCGUCCCGCCCAUCGUGGUGGCGUUGGCCAAGCACCCGCUUGCCCGCCAGUACGAUCUAAGCUCCGUCGAGAAUGUCGGCUGCGGCGCGGCCCCGCUCGGCCCCGAAGCCAUCAAGGAGUGCGAAGAGCUUUGGCCUAGUGGUAACGUCAAGAUCAGGCAGGGCUGGGGCAUGACCGAGGUGACGUGCACGGCGCUCGGCUGGGACCCCAGAAUCGAGGCAUCCGAGACGACGGCUGUGGGCGAGCUGAUGCCAAACUUUUAUGCCAAGCUGGUUGAGACUGAUGGCUCCGACAGACCUAUCACUGAGGCCAACAAGAGGGGCGAACUGUGGGUAUCGGGCCCAACAAUGCUCAAGGGUUAUUGGAAGAACCCCCAGGCAACCAAUGCGACCAUUGUAUACGACAAGGAGGAGAACAGGCGGUACCUCCGAACGGGAGACAUCGCAUACGUCGAGCGGUACGAGGCUGGCACGCCCUUCCAUGUCGUCGACCGGCUCAAGGAGCUCAUAAAGGUCAAAGGGAACCAGGUGGCGCCGGCCGAGCUUGAGUCCGUUCUUCUCCAGCGCUCCGACAUCAUUGAUGUCGGCGUUGUCGGCGUCACAAUCAAGGGCGAGGAGUACCCGCGUGCAUACGUUGUCCUAGCCCCUGGGGCCAAGACCACUAGCGAGGACAUCAUCAAGUGGAUCGAGCCCAAAGUUGCCAAGUACAAACAAUUGAAGGGCGGCGUGGCCAUCAUCGAUGCCAUUCCCAAAAAUCCUUCUGGCAAAAUCCUCCGCAAGAUCCUCCGCGAGCAGGCCAAAGCCGAGGUUGGAGACAAAGCCUCCAAGUUGUAG